AUGGACUCAGAUACCCUUGGAAAAUCACUUUAUAAAAAUGAGGAGCUUCCUUUGAAUGACAACAUCAGAGGAUUGAAAGCUAAAGCCAUAAGGGAAGCAACUCAACGGAAUACCAAUAGCGAUGAAAUUUUGGAAUUGUUGAGUGAGUUACUGAGGUCAACUGAUGGAUUAAUCAACAAUGAAUUAAGAUCCAAAGUUUGGCCUGUCUUAUUAGGAAUUGAAGAUAAAACAAAGUCUAAUACGUCUGAAGGAUCUUUAUUGGAUACAAAUGGCGGAUUAUUUACUAAUGCUUCACCAUUUCUUGAUGAAUUGAAUUGUAUUGACUUGCCACCUCACAAGGAUGAAGAUCAGGUCAAGUUAGAUAUCCAACGUUCCUUCACAAUCUUGAACCAUAUACAAUCAUUACAGCAUCCACCUUAUUUCCCCAGUGAGAAUUCUUAUACUACAAUAGUUAGUCCCUCUGAUGUUCAAAAUCUCAAGAAAUACUUGUCGAAUUUGAUUAUCAAGUUGUUAAGGAAAUAUCCUUGUUUGAAUUACUACCAAGGAUAUCAUGAUAUUGCCAGUGUGAUUCUAUUAGUGUGUUACAUCCCUGGAAAUGAUACAGAAGACAAAGAAAAGACAGAGAAUGAUAAUGAAUACGACAUUAAUGAGGAACUAGCAUUUAAAAUAUUGGAAAAAAUAACCCUAUUUCACUUGCGAGAUUAUAUGGUUCAUGAUAUAGCAUUAUCCAUAGACCAUUUAAGGUUGAUACCCACCCUUCUCGAAAACCUUGAUAUUGAAUUAUUUGAACUAAUCAAACAAACUUCAAAUUGCUAUGUCCAAUCGGAUGGGCUAUACUACGAUUAUAAGUUUUACCAAGGUAUAUCAUCAAUAUUGACUAUGUUUUCCCAUGAUUUAUCCAAUCUCACUCAAAUUCUAACUGUUUGGGAUUUUAGUCUAAGUUAUAAUUCGGUGCUAAUUAAUAUGUACUUGUACACUUCAGCAUUAUUAAUUUUCAAAAACCGGAUAUUUGAAAAGUGUAAUGUUGAAGAACAAGAUAGAGAAGAUUUGGAUUAUGAAGACAUUGAUUCUGAUUUGGUUCAUAAUGCAAUUUCUCCCACCAAUUUGUUUGAUAGCUUAAGCGAUGUCGAUUUAAUCAAGAUUUUAAACAAGACCAGAAAUAUAGUUCAAGAUUUCCCCAUGGAUAAACUAACCAAUUGUGCAGAUACAUUUGCCAAUUGGUUUAGUGAAUAUAAUAAAUCAUCGGUGCUUUUAAACACAUCCAAUUUAUACAUUCCCAAAAGAGAGAAAUUUACAAAGUAUCGAAAUUUAAUAAUCAACACAAUUGGCGACGAUCCUAUAGAGUUGACCAAGCUCGUUGAUUUACAAGAUUCGGAGAUUUCUCGACAAACUUCCGAUGAUUUGGCAUUCCAGCACAAGAUCCUUUUACAACAAGAAGAGCUCAACAACUCUAUAAUGACGGACACAUCUGCAGGACAAUCGGACAUGUUUGCAUCGGACACCAAUACAUUACAUACCUCCUUAUCAAUACACCGGAUCACAUCAUCGAUGCUAUUCAAGAAAUUGUUUAGUCGUGAAGAUGCAAAUGAAGACGACAAGAAAGUCAUCAGGAGGAGGAAGGAUUCGUGGGUUUCCAGGAAUAUAUAUAAGAUAAGCAUAACCAUUGGGUUCAUUGGCAUUUUGGUACAUUUCUUAUUAAAAAAUAAUCCUCAAUACCAAAAUUUACUAUCGAAAUUAUUUAAUGGAGGCCGUAAUGCUAUUCCAAUAGGAAAAUUGUCUCCAUUGGUUAUACUAAACUAUGAACCGAUUAACACCAUCACCAGUGAGUUGAGUACCAUUGGCGAUGAAAUAUUUGGAGACAUAGGUAAUGCUUUUAAUGAAAUGUUUUGUUUUAUUAAGGAGUCAGAGAUGGUAAAUUCAGGGAUAUCUAUUGGGCAAGUUGGGUUGGGUAAUUUAAAGAAUACAAUUUAUGGAUUUACGACGUAA